CUCAAGAAGGAGAAGGGCCAGCUGCUGGUCUUUAAUCCAUAAUGGAAGCCCACGGUAGGAGCCUGGCUGCUGUCUCUUCUCUGUUGUUUCCUCAUCAGGCAGGAGCGAGGGAGGCAGCUGGAGGCAGGUGCCACUCCCUGAGAAGUAGCAGGGAGCUGGGAAGCUGUUGACUGGGAUUUGGGAAGGAGAUGCCAGUUGUUUUGGAAGAAGAACCUGUUUGGUGGGUCUGAUUUGAAUCAAUAAAGGGAGCAGCCUCCAUCAGUGCAUUAAAGCUUCGGAUGCUGCUUGCUGUCGCUCAGGCUUUUCUCUGUGCUUUUCUCCUGCACUAUGGAGCCUCUUUUUGGGGUUGUGCUGGGUUUGAUUCUGGCAGUCGCUUCACCAGCUCACGACAGCUGUACCUGCGCAACCAACAAGUGGGCAGUGUGUGCCCAGGACAGCCACGGGAACUGCACCUGCAGGCUGGCAGGUUCAGAUCACCCUGUAGACUGCUCAACCCUGACUUCUAAAUGCUUCCUGAUGAAGGCAGAAAUGAUCCCCCCGAAGGAGAAGCGCCUCUGGAGACCUCCCCACGGGGUGUCAGACAGUGAUGGCGUUUACAACCCCGACUGCGAGGACAGUGGUGUCUUUAAAGCCAGGCAGUGCAACCAGUCCAGCACCUGCUGGUGCGUGAACACUGCGGGCGUGCGGAGAACCGAGAAGGGAGGCAGGAGCCUGAGCUGCAGCGAGCUGGUGCGGACAAGGUGGAUCUACAUUGAGCUGACACACAAGAGAAGCUCCAAAGCCUUCAAUGCUCCUGAUGUGGAAAAAGCCCUGACACAGCUGCUGGAGAACAGGUACAAGCUGCACCCCAAGUACAUCGCAGCCAUCAAGUACGACCCUCCACUCAUCCAAAUCCGCCUGGACCAGAACAAGAAACCCAGCUGGGAUGUAGAUAUAGCUGAUGUGGCCUAUUACUUUGAAAAAGAUGUGAACAAUGACUCCGUGUUUCAUUCCAACAGUAAAUUAACUGUCUCGGUCAAUGGAGAUGCUCUGGCUAUUGAAAAGCUCUGGAUUUACUAUGUGGAUGAAAAGCCCCCAGAGUUCUGCAUGAGGCAGCUGGCAGCUGGCAUUAGUGCUGUGGUCACCGUGGUGCUCCUCACCGCUGGCAUUGGCAUUGCCGUGCUGCUCAUCCUCAGGUGGCUGCGCACAAGGACAUAUAAGAAAUUUGAGUGUAAAGAAAUGAGGGAAAUUAAACCCCCAAGCUUAGAAAUGCCCUGAACUGAUAGAAGAAAGGCAACUACAGGAAGAAAAGGGGGAAAAAAGGCACAAAAUACAAAGAGAGACUUCGUAUAUGUGAUGGAUUUGGAGCUCUUGGUUCCUACAGGAAUUUGUGCAGUGGCUGUUCUAAAUUAUUCUUGUUUAG